CCAUCCUCUUCUGAAUUGUGAGUUCUCAAGCAUCACCCGCCGGCCUUCCAAUGCAAGAGCAGAGCCGCAACCGCCGGCCGAGCUCGACGCACCACGGCGGUGGAUGCGACGCCACACUCCCGGCCUUCUCGCCGUCAAGCUCCUCCACGCCUCGUCGCUUCUCAGACCCCCGUCCCUCCUCGCCCCCCGCGCGUCCUUGUUCCACCAUGCGCCGAACAACGCCCACCACCUGCUCGACGAGACGCCGCACGGGAGGGCGGCUUCCAUCGUACGUGCCAUCAAGUCCGUCUCCUCCUCCUCGGGUGACACGGACCGCGUCCCAUGCCUCCACUGCGCGUCCCUCAAGUCGGGCGCCGUGCUUGACCCGCCCGUGCGCACGUCCCUGCUCGCGGCGUACGCCAGGGCCGGGCGCGGCGCGGGAGCGGGAGCCGCCUUGGCGCUCUUCCGCGAGGCCGUUGCGCCCGACGUGAUCCUGUGGAACGCGGCCAUCGGCGCCCUGACGAUGAGCUGCCGGUACGACGACGCCACGGCUCUGUUCCGGCGGAUGGCACGGGAGCUUGGGGAGUUCGAUUCCACCACCGUGGUCGUCAUGCUGUCGGGGGCGUCUCGUGCAGGUAACCUUCGGCGUGGGAUGGAGCUUCAUGGCAUGGCGGCCAAGAUGUGCCUCGGUGCUCAUUGUCUCAGCGUGUGGAACGCUCUUGUUGACAUGUAUGCGAAGUGUGGUGAUUUUGACUCUGCAGAGGUUGUCUUCCAGAGCAUGCCGUGCCGGGACACCACCUCAUGGAACUCUGUCAUAAGUGGAAGCAUUUUUAAUGGGCUUGCUGAGGUUGCAGCAUGGUACUUCAGGGAAAUGAGAUGCUCCAUCUUCCAGCCAGAUGAGGUGAGCCUCUCUUCGGUCCUCUCAGCCUGUUCUCGUCUGGAUGAUCUCUUCUCCUUUGGGGAGUCUGUGCAUAGCUGUGUGGUCAAACUCGGUUAUGAGGAGACUGCAUCUUGCUCGGUAGCGAAUUCUCUCAUGACGUUCUACUCUGAGUUUGGAAUACCAGAGGCUGCAGAGAAGGUAUUUGCCAGUAAUUUGAACAGGAAUUUGGUAUCAUGGAAUGCUAUGAUCAAGGGGCUAGUCCGGAAUGAAAGAGUAACCGAAGCCCUUGCUGUUUUGAGGGAAAUGAGAUCGGAGAACCAGCCAGAUGUUGCCACUUUGGUGACCAUAAUUUCAGGUUGUGGUUAUCAAGAUCUACUUUUUGAAGGGAAAGCUCUCCAUGGAUACAUAAUCAGAAAAGGACUUCUUCAUGAGUCUUCCGUAGGAAAUAGCUUACUUGAUCUGUAUUUGAAAUGUGAUGAACCAACUAGUGCAAGCCUGCUGUUUAGGACAAUGCCAAGAAGAGACCUGAUAUCAUGGAACACAAUGAUAUCUGGUUACUCAAGAAAUGAUCUGCUGCAUGAAGAGGCUCGAUCAGUGCUCAAAGGAUUACUUUCUGAGGGUUUAUGCUGCAGCUUGACCACUAUGCUAGCUGUCAUACCUUCAUGCUCUACUCCAGAAGAACUUAGCUUUGGCCAAGCACUACACUCUUUCAGCCUGAAGUGUGGAUUUACAUGCAAUGAAGUUUCAGCUGUUAAUGCUUUGAUGCACAUGUAUAUGAGCUGUGGUGAUCCACUGGCCGCCUUUUCGCUUAUUGAAAGAAUAAUACCGGUAUCAGAUAUCGUUUCCUGGAAUACGAUCAUGGUUGGCUGUCUUCAAAAUGGACUUGACAAAGAUGCAUUGGAAGCCUUCCGGUUCAUGUAUUGUUCUUUGGCCAUAAACCCUGACAGUAUUACGUUAGUUAGUGCCUUAUCAGCAUGUGGAAAUCUUAAUCUGCUAGCACUAGGGAAAUCCAUUCACUCCAUGAUACUGAAGCACUUGUUUGCUUCCAAUUUGAGGGUGCAGAAUUCAUUAUUGACCAUGUAUUUCCGCUUUGGAGAUACCACAAGUGCUGAGUUAGUCUUUUAUAGCAUGGUAGACACAAAUUUGUGCUCCUGGAAUUGUAUGAUCUCUGGUUUCGCACAGAAUAACAACGGCUGGAGAGCAUUGCAGUUCUAUCAGAAGAUGGAGGAUUUUGCACCUAAUGAAAUAUCUCUAGUCGGUAUCAUCUGUGCUUGCACACAGCUUGGUGAUUAUAGACAAGGAAAGAGCAUACACGGGCAUGUGGUCAGGUCUGGUCUGGACAAUAAUGUUUUUAUUUCAGCAUCACUUGUUGAUAUGUAUUGCAAGUGUGGGAGACUGGACAUUGCUGUCAGAGUAUUUGAAGCUUCUGGCGAAAAAUCAAUUGCUGGGUGGAACUCCAUGAUAUCAGCUUUUGGGUUCCAUGGCCAUGGGUUGAAAUCUAUUGAACGUUUCUGGAAGAUGAAUGAUUCUGGAAUGAAAGCCACGAAAAGCACUUUUAUUGCUCUAUUGUCAGCUUGCAGUCACUCUGGACUUGUUGAUGAAGGGUGGAAGUAUUAUCGCCUUAUGUCAGAAAAGUUUGGGAUCACGCCAGCCCCAGAACACCAUGUUUGCAUUGUAGACAUGCUUGGGCGAGCUGGUCGGCUGGAGGAAGCACACAAAUUUGUGGAGAGCUUGCCGUCUCAACAAGCACACGGAGUUUGGGGUGCACUGUUAAAUGCUUGCAGUAGCAGGAGUGAACUCGAGAUGGGCGAAUCCAUUGCCAAGCAUCUGCUCCAUUUGGAGCCUGGAAAUAGCGGUUAUUAUGUGACUAUUUCAAACCUUUAUGCAUACAGAGACAUGUGGAGCGGUGCAGUCCAAGUUAGGAGCGUUUUGCAAGAUAAAGGGUUGGUGAAGCCCCAUGGUCAUAGUAUUGUUGGUUAAGCGGUGGAUCAUAAACUAUAGAAGCCAUACAGUAUCAAAAGUCACCACAAAUGUCUGUUAACUUCCCAAGUUCUUCUUACAAGCUGUUUCAACUGUGAGUUGCAACACUGGUAUCUUAUUCGAGCUAUUUGUGGAAGCAAAAGUUAAAGGAAAAACUCGACACCGAGUUUGUUGCAUCACGAGUUGAAAAUACUGCCUGAACAAUUGAACAUAAUUUGUUAAAGAGUGCCUUGCUCCAAGAUAGUGCCCUCCCAUUCUUCAGCACCAGCUUCAGAGGCAGUUCUGGACGGUGUUUGGGCGAAGAAGAUGAAGAGUAGAGAAGAACGGAGAUGGGUGGCGGCGAAGACGGAAGACAUGAAGUAGAACACUGGCUAGCGGCCGAUGCCACUUGCGGCUUGCCCCUGCCAACGCCAAAGCUGCUGGCUGCUCACGCGCCGGUCGUCAUUCCUGGCACCUCCGUGGACCACGAGGCCACGAGGGCACCACACAGGCACAACUGCAUGCAUGCCUCCUCAUGUCAUGCUCCAAGGAAAGGAAGAAGACAGUUAUCAAAAAGAAAAAAGAAAAAAAAAAGGAAAGGAAGCAGACAGACUGAGAUGAGCGAAAGGAAGGAAAGGAAGCGUGGUGGUUAGCU